AUACCGGCAGCAGCGUGCAAGCAAUGGAGUAAUCAAGGUCUAAAAUGAUGCCGAAAAAAAAAUCAUUAUAGAAAAAAACCAAUCAAAUGAGGCAGAAGUUAGCAUUGGAUAUAAAAAAGAGAGUAAAGGGCCCGCAACGGACGGCGAUUUAUAUGCAAGAUUUGUCCUGGGAUGAAGAACUAGGGACAAUUGCGCAGAGAUGGACCAAUCAGUGUAUUAAACAUUAUGACGAUUGUAAGGACGUAGAAAGAUUCAAAGUUAUACAGUACGUAGUCUCGAAAUCCUCUGUGGAUGAAAAGGAAUUCACUUUAGAAGACAUGUUACAAACAGGAUAUAAUAAUUUAAUUGAAGAGGGAAGACGUUAUUAUUCCGCAUAUCCGAAUAUUGUACACACAAUGGAAGAUUUUAGUUAUAAUCUCUGGGCUAACAUGACAAAAGUCGGAUGUGGACAAAUAAAGUUUAAGGAACCAAAUGGCUUGACUACGUAUCAUGGAGUUUGCAAUUAUGGUCCAAGUAGAAAGUAGAAAAAAUGUAUAAAAUACAAUAAAAAAAUAGAUUUGGCCAUUUUUCAAUAAUUUAAUUUAAAAGAUAAAAAGUAACAUAACAUAAACUUUUGUAUUUUUUAAAUACAUUAAUAUGAUGUGUCAUUCUUAUUUAGAUCCGGCAAAUUAAUGAAAAUAUUAUUAACAAAUUUUUGAUCAGGAGCAAUAUGAUGUAGUUUAUAUUAUAGAUAAAAAUAUUUUUACAAAGAAAUAUUUAUUAUUGUACUUGCGAGAAAAUGAAUGAAAUUAAUCAGCAGGACUAACAAAACAAAAUGUUUCAAUGUACGAAGUUCUUAACGAUGGAUUGAGGGGAGUUAAAUAAAAUUUCUCAUAUAUUUUCUA